AUGCCUUCUUGUAUUCGUCUCGGGCCCCGAGUCCUCCUUCGUGGUAAAGAAGGUUUGAGUGUAUUACAGACUUCAUCCUACUUAACAAGAAAAAUGCCUGCCGUCUAUUCUCGACGUUCAUUCUCUUCAGACAUCACCCGUGAACUUCCCCUACCACCUGUAUCACAAGUAGCUACCCUCUCCGAGCCGGAAGACGAGUUCUGGCGCGUCAUUCCAUUGUGGAAGGAUGUGUCUAGGGAAGAUUUUCUGUCUUGGAAAUGGGGCGUCAAACUGUUAGCCGAUAAUAUGCUAAACUUUCUUGACAAUGUCCUUCCAGCCGAUAUGCCUCGUCACCACCGUAUAGGGGGUAUGCAGAGUCGAGACGAGCUUAUGGGGGAUGUUGUCAGUGGAAUGAGGGAGUCUACCAUGUCUGUUCGGGUGAUGCCGUACGUGUUAAGCAGAAUAAACUGGAAAGAUCCGGCGAACGAUCCAGUAUUCCAGCAGUUUAUCCCCUUGGGGUCUAUAAUGAUGAAAGACCAUCCCGCACUAAAGCUCGACUCCUUACACGAGCAGAAAGACUCGCCAGUCCCGGCCCUCGUACAUCGCUAUCCCGACAAAGCGCUACUGCUCCCAACCUCGGUCUGCCCAACCUACUGUCUCUACUGCACCAGAUCCUACGGCAUCGGCGCCGACACCGAACUGGUAACCAAGGAGUCCUUCCGCACGACACGCGACAGGCUCACCAAAGCCUUCGACUACAUCGAGAGCCAAGACGGGCUCCACGACAUCGUCGUCUCGGGCGGCGACGCCUUCUACCUGGCGCCGCACAUCCUCGAGUGGAUCGGCGACCGGCUGAUCGGCAUGAGGAACAUCGAGCGGUUCCGCGUGGCGUCCAAGGGCCUGGCCGUGUCGCCGCACAGGUUCCUCGACGAGCACGACCCGUGGACCGAGGCGCUGAUCCGCGUCUCCGACAAGGCGCGCCAGGCCGGCAAGCACAUGGCGCUGCAUACGCAUUUCAACCAUCCGAACGAGAUCUCGUGGGUCACGGAGCGGGCUAGCUUGAGGUUGAUGCGGAAGGGCGUGACGGUGAGGAAUCAGACGGUGCUGCUUAGGGGGAUUAACGAUAGCGUGGAGGUGAUGGGGACGCUGAUCAGGAGGCUGGCAAGGAUGGGUGUUCAGCCGUACUACGUCUACCAAUGCGACAUGGUGAAGAAGAUCGAGCACCUGCGCACGCCGCUGCAGACGAUCCUGGACGUGGAGUCGGCGAUCCAGGGCACGGUGGCCGGGUUCUACAUCCCGCGGUUCGUCGUCGACCUGCCCGAGGGCGGGGGCAAGAGGCCCGCGGCGCUGCGCGAGUCGUACGACCGCGCGACGGGGGUGUCGACGUUUACGCAGCCGUCGCUGACGCGGGGGGGCAAGGGCGGCAAGGUUUAUAGGUAUUACGAUCCGUUGGAUACGCUGGUGAGUACCUAA